AUGCCUUUAAUUGUUUGUAUACCACAUGGAGGACGUCAGCGUCCACCAGAAGUACAAAAUCGUGAAAAUUCCUCAAAAACAAUUACAAAAAAUGAUCUUUAUAUUCAAGAAAUUGGAAAAGAUCUAAAAAAGGAAAUUAUAAAACUUAAAAGUCAACCUUAUUUAAUAGUAAAUUACUUGCAUAGAAGCAAACUUGAUGUUAACCGCAAAUUAGAAGAAGGAUCUUCUGCUCCUGAAACUAAAAAAGCUUGGGAAGAGUAUCAUAAUUUUAUAUCCCGAGCGAUUGAAGAUAUAAAAGAAAAACACGGACGUGGCUUAUUGAUUGACCUUCAUGGUGAGAAAAAUGUCGUUUUGGUUUUUAUUGUAUUGCUUAUUUUUUUAUACAUAGGACAUGUGCAAUCUGAAAAUAUCGAGUUGGGAUAUAUGCUAUCGAAAGAGGAGUUAAUGCUAUCAGAUGAACAUAUUAAUCAAUCCUCAUCUGUUCAAACUGAGUCUAGCAUAAAAAAUCUUUAUCUUUAUCAUAAAGAAUCGCUUUCUUUUGCAGAAUUGCUACGUGGAAAAUUUAAUUCUCUUGGCGGCAAGUUGCAAUCAUAUAGUUAUGAAACAACUCCUUCUCAUAUUAACCAAUGUCCCAAAGAAGAUGAAAAGUAUUUUUCUGGUGGAUAUACUAUAAAAAAAUAUAAAUCAUUCAUCAAUGCCAUCCAAAUUGAAUUACCAAGAAAAUAUCGUCCAGAUAAACCAAAUAAAGAAAGUCGAGAAUUUUUAGAAAAUCUAGCAGAUAGCAUUAUAUGGUUUUUUAACAAAUAUUUUGCCGAAGAAAACAAAAUUGACUCUAGUAAUACCCCAAGUUUAGAACUUUCAAGCAAUUUCCAGGAAAAAGUUAGCAUCAGUACCGAUUCUCAACAGUCUAAUAAACAACUUGAAGCACCUGAUAAAUGUGAUGAUCUUAAUCAUGCAAUGCUUGGAAAUAAUAUGGCAAAAUAUUGGCAAGAAUAUUAUUUAUUGAACGGAAUAGAUGUUAAAAAGGAUUAUGAAGCUGCACUUAAGCUUUUCAAAGAAGCAGCCGAUGAUGCUCAACUUCGAUAUGCAUUUGCUUUUCUUGAAGAUAAAAAUAAUAUGAAUGUACCAGAAAUAAUUAAAUAUAUAACUAUGGCAGCACAUCAUGAAAAUUCUACUGCACUUUAUAACUUGGGUGAUAUUUAUUGGAAUGGAAAGUUAGGGGUUUCAAUCGAUAGAGUAAAGGCUGAAUCAUAUAUUAAGUUGGCAGCUUUAAAAAAUUAG